AUGGAUGCCGGUGGAAAAGGAAGGAAAGUAUUGCUAGACGAACAACGCUUCUCACAGACGCUGGAGUAUCUGGAACGGUUUGGAUAUCUUGACACGAGUAAACCGCGGACCUCCACUUCUAUCUCUAAUGCCGUCAGGAAGUUUCAGUUCAUGAUGCAUCUGCCUCAGACGGGCAAGCUGAACAUGGCUACAGCGGGUAAGAUGGCUCAGACGCGAUGUGGCGUGCCGGAUUACCCCGACGAAUGGCUGCUCCCGCUGCAAGACCCCGCAAGGGGGCGCGCGACGACGCAGGAAGAAUCGUACAAGCGAAGACAGACUCUACCGGAUGAUUUUUUCGCCAGGUGGUGGUUCAAAUGCGAUCUAACAUGGAAUUUGCUGAACGGAUAUUUCGGCCUCUCUUCUGUACGAGUUAGGGACAUGAUGCGAAUGCAGCUAGACAAGUGGCAGACGGCCAUCAACGGGAAUAAUGGCGGCCGCCAGCCUCUCAUCGGCUUCACGGAGCUACGCAACGGCUCGCGCACGGACAUCGAGUUCAGCUUCGAACGCCGUAACCAUGGCGACAAUAAUCCAUUCGACGGACCGGGAAACGUGCUCGCUCACAGCUUCUUCCCGUACACUUCCGGUUCGCUGCAGGGAAAGCUGCACAUCGACAGGCCGUAG